GUGGGCGGUGCCAGUAGCGGGAGGAGUAAAGAUGGAGGCGCGGGGGCCUCCGCCUUCAUUUCCCAGCUGAAGCCCUCCGAGGGAGGCGGCGGCGGCCACCCAAGGCUACCAGCAGUCUGGUGGUGAUAGUUUUGGCAGCAGCUGCGGAGCCUCGAGCCAUGGCGGAGCUGGAACACCUGGGAGGGAAGCGGGCUGAGUCGGCGCGAGCGCGGCGGGCUGAGCAGCUGCGGCGCUGGCGGGGCUCACUGACAGAACAGGAGCCCGCGGAGCGACAGGGCGCGGGGCGGCAGCUGCAGACAAGACGCGGGAGCCCCAGGGUCCGCUUCGAGGAUGGUGCGGUCUUUCUGGCUGCUUGCUCCAGCGGGGACACGGACGAGGUGAAAAAGCUUCUGGCAAGAGGUGCGGACAUCAACACGGUCAACGUGGACGGCUUGACAGCCUUGCACCAGGCCUGUAUUGAUGAAAACUUGGACAUGGUGAAGUUUCUGGUGGAGAACAGAGCCAAUGUAAACCAGCAAGACAACGAGGGCUGGACGCCCCUUCAUGCAGCAGCUUCCUGUGGCUAUCUCAACAUCGCAGAAUAUUUUAUUAGCCAUGGAGCCAGUGUGGGUAUCGUGAACAGUGAAGGCGAAGUUCCUUCUGACCUUGCAGAAGAGCCAGCAAUGAAAGAUCUUCUUCUGGAACAAGUAAAGAAGCAAGGAGUUGAUCUAGAACAGUCAAGAAAGGAAGAAGAGCAACAGAUGCUGCAGGAUGCCCGCCAGUGGCUCAACAGCGGGAAGAUAGAAGAUGUGAGGCAGGCUCGCUCAGGGGCCACAGCCUUGCAUGUCGCUGCUGCCAAGGGUUACUCUGAGGUCCUCAGACUUCUAAUUCAGGCUGGCUAUGAACUCGAUGUUCAGGACCAUGAUGGCUGGACUCCUCUUCAUGCUGCUGCGCACUGGGGAGUGAAAGAGGCUUGUUCCAUCCUGGCAGAGGCACUCUGCGACAUGGAUAUCCGGAACAAACUGGGCCAGACACCAUUUGAUGUGGCUGACGAAGGUCUUGUGGAGCACUUGGAGAUGCUUCAGAAGAAGCAAAAUGUGCUUCGAAGUGAAAAGGAGACACGGAAUAAACUCAUUGAAUCAGACCUGAAUAGCAAGUUUCAAAGUGGGCUCUUCAAGAACAAAGAAAAAAUGCUUUAUGAGGAAGAGGUCCCCAAGUCCCAAGAAACAGAGGAAGAAAACAAAGAAUCCAGCAGCUCCAGCUCAGAGGAAGAGGAAGGGGAAGAUGAAGUUUCCGAGUCAGAAACCGAGAAGGAGGCAGAUAAAAAGCCAGAAGCUGCUGUCAACCAUUCCAACUCUGAAAGCAGGAGUCGUGUCAUGGAGCAGAUCCCAGCCCCGGCUCAGAGCACCUUCACUGCCUCUUCUGCCAGGAGAUUGUCCAGUCUUUUCAACAAGACAGAAGAGCCCAAGGACGAAUCUCCUUCUUCGUGGAGACUGGGACUCAGGAAAACUGGCAGUCACAAUAUGCUGAGUGAAGUGGCCAAUUCCAGGGACGCCGUUAGGGACCGAGGUUCUUCCAUCUACCGUUCCUCAUCAAGCCCUCGGAUCUCUGCUUUGCUGGAUGGCAAGGAUAAGGAAAAAGAAAACAAAAGCUAUUUUAGUACGCUAGCACCCCGGCGGCUCAGCAGCACAAGUGACAUUGAAGAGAAGGAGAACAGAGAGUCAGCUGUUAAUCUAGUGAGAAGUGGCUCCCACACCAGGCAGCUAUGGAGGGAUGAAGCAAAGGGAAGUGAAACCCCGCAGACAGCUGCUCCUCCCACCUAUGUGUCAACAUACUUGAAAAGUGCUUCAUUUGGUAAAAGUAGUGACCCCACCAGUCCCUACAUUUCAGCCAAUCGCAAUUCAUCUCCUGCUACCUCACCCAUUACCAUUGGUUCAUCUACCUCUCGGGGCAGCCAGUGGCAACCUGCCUCUUCUUGCCCUGCACCAGUCAGUACAAACACUACUGCACCUGUGCAACAUGUCAGGACUCCUUACAAAUCCCAGGCUGACUCGGCAGCAGAAAAGACAACAGACAGUGUCUCUUCCAGUACUCCACUGUGUGUGAUCACCAACCGCCCUGCACCAAGCACUGCCAAUGGGGUUCCAGCUGCCACAGUGUUCUCCUCCACUGGAAUAGACUCCUCUGUGGAAGGCCGAGAGAAGAGAAGGUCUUACCUGACUCCUGUGCGGGAUGAGGAGGCAGAGUCUUUACGGAAAGCGCGCUCCAGACAAGCUCGGCAGACGCGAAGGUCUACUCAAGGUGUUACCCUAACAGACCUUCAAGAAGCAGAAAAGACUUUCAGCCGGUCGAGGGCAGAGAGGCAAGCUCAGGAGCAGCCUGGUGAGAAGCUUGAAGAUCCUGGCGGGCUUGAAGGGAGCACCAAGAAGCAGGAGCCAUCAGCAGCCCCAACAAAGGAAGCUGAGGCAGGCCAGCCACCAUGGGGCAGGAGUCUGGAUGAAGAGCCUAUCUAUCAUCGCCUAAGGAGUCCAACCCAACCAGACAAACCCCCAACACCAGUGUCUCCUUCUACAUCAAGACCCUCACUCUACACGAGUUCUCACUUACUGCGGACAAGCAGAGCUUCAGUCCCUGAUUCUGAGAACUCAGAGGCCACCACAAACACCACAGCUGCAAAGGAAAUGGACAAGAGUGAGAAAGAAGAAGCUGAUUUGGAUGAUCAGUCCUCUAACAGGCUGUCGAUCCGAGAGAGGAGGCGACCUAAGGACCGGCGAAGAGGCACGGGCAUUAACUUCUGGACAAAGGACGAGGAUGAAACAGAUGCCUCUGAAGAGGUCAAAGAAGCAUGGCAUGAAAGACUUUCUAGGUUGGAGUCAGGAGGCAGUAACCCGACCAGCAGCGAUUCUUACAGUGACCGAGCCUCAGCAAGAGCCCGUCGGGAGGCCAGGGAAGCUCGUCUGGCCAGCCUGACCAGCCGAGUAGAAGAGGACAGCAACAGGGAUUAUAAAAAACUCUACGAGAGUGCCCUGACUGAAAACCAAAAACUGAAAACAAAACUUCAGGAGGCCCAGCUGGAGCUUGCCGACAUAAAAUCCAAGCUUGAGAAGAUGGCCCAGCAGAAGCAAGAGAAGACCUCUGACCGGUCCUCGGUGCUGGAGAUGGAGAAACGGGAGAGGCGAGCGUUGGAACGGAAAAUGUCGGAAAUGGAAGAAGAGAUGAAGGUGUUAACAGAACUGAAAUCCGACAAUCAGAGGCUGAAAGAUGAAAAUGGUGCCCUCAUCAGAGUCAUCAGCAAACUGUCCAAAUAAUGAGGUCAGAUCUGGGAUGAGGCGACAGCACUUGCUGCCUGCCCUUCGUUUCCAGCUAUGGCCUUGUGGCCAAAAGAAGUGAAUGUUUCAGAAGAAGGUCAUCUCCUUCUGAUGCUCCCCAGUCACCUGCUCUGCACUGUACAUGUUCUCUGCACACUCAAUGCCCCAUCGCCCCUGCACCUCUAUCCCAAGUCUUAUGACAGUUUUAACUGAAGCGUGAUUGUGACCAUUUCAAGCAAUCUGGAGAAAGC